GAGAAUAUUAGGAGUCCGAUCGAUUGCCUUCGUACAAAUUCGCCCUGACGACCUGAAACACGUGCAUCAGGCUUUGCUGCAGAGUGCUAAGCGUGCGGGUUCCCUGGACAAUAUCACGGUAAUCGUAGUGUUCCUGACGUCGCCGAUCGAGAUCGCUUCGCGCUCGAAUCCGCUCCUGACGCAUCAAGCACCGAAUGGUCUAUUACUAAACAACAUGGAUCCGAAUAAUCCGAUCCCGUCGAAUCAUGAUCAGUUCGAUGUAAAACCAGCCUACAUCAAACAGUUGAUCGACGACGACAUGGAUCGCCCCGAUUUCGAUUUGCUUCUGAAAAAUUCCGUGUGCGAUAUGACCAGGAACGGCAAGCACCGGAACGACGAUGACGCUGAAUAUGAUUACACGGACAUAGGUCCGGAGACCGAUGUCGACGCCGGCGAGGACGUGCACGACAACAAUUAUCCGACUCUCGCCGCAUCGUCGUCGCUCGAUCCCACUCCGGAGAGUGAGAAACCGUCGAUGGAAAUUGAGAAGUACAACGACGACGACGACAGGAACGACAACGAUUAUUCUAACCGCGAUAACGCGAACGUCUACCCGGUGGACUCGGUAAUAAACGACGACGAUCUAGACAAUCGCGUCCGACCGAAUGAUAAAGACGUUCGCGGCGCGGACGACGAAACGCCGCGCGACCACGGUGACGAUGACAACGUCGCGCGUAUCGAGACCGCUGGCACGCAUACCGUCGUGGACGAUGACGAGUCGCCACCCUCGCCGCAAGCUGCUAAACCUCUUCAGGAUGCACUGAUCGUAGCGGAUAAUGUAGCGGACAGCGAGGAUUCCGAGGACGAGUGGAAUUAUUAUCGUACCGAUCCGAACGAGCAGGGCUCUGCAGUGACAGCUGUUACGACAGACGAAUCCCGCAAGGACGUUGAGGAGCAAAGUGCACAGGAGAAUCCCGAGUCUGUCGCGAAAGAUAGCUUGGAAGUUCAGUCUCCGGAAGCAGAGAACGAUAUUAAAUGUGAAGAAUUAGUGAAAGAUAUCGCCUUGUCUAAGCUUAUCGACACCGAUAUAAGCAACGAAAAAAAAUCGAGCGAUUUGGGAAAGGUUCAAAUUUUCCUAGAUCUACAGGAAGAACAGAAAGAAGAACAGAACAAUAUGGAUUUUCAAUUGAAUCCGGAGGCAGCCGAGUUCGUGCCGUUAUCACCACCGUUAGUAAGCAACAGGAGCAACAACACACGUUUGCGGGAUUUUGCCAUUAGUGGCUCUCCUCUGAAAACAACACAGGUGAUGGAUGAUAUUCGUGUACCGAGCCAGAGUGAAUUUGAUAAGGAUGUCUAUUAUCGACCAAAGGAGAUAGGUGAAAAAUUGCAAGACGAAAAUACAGAGCUACAGAAUAAUAGUUCGCAGAGCUUAGACGUAUCCGAGAUUUCGUCGACCAAAGCCGAAAUGGGUGAUGACGAAUCCAUGAUGCAUGUAAUGUCUACCUCACAGUGGCAGACGGAUGUCUCUUCUCAGUGGAAUGAAAAGACACAUGACGAUGCGGGUUCUGACUCGGAAGAUAGCGAUGUCGUCACUAAGAAUGAUCCCAUGGCUGUGUCGUUAACUCCAGGUAACUUCAAAGCAUUCGAAUUGAAAGUUGAUUUGAAUGCCGUACACAUAUUGGACGAUAGUUCAGAUAGUGCUGAACAAGCGAUUACACCACCGCGGCGUUCACCUGACCCGUCUGCGAACGUUACGUUCGACGAGGAUCGUCCGAACACACCUCUUUCGGAGAAUAAGAAUUCGAUCGAUGCCUUAUGCGCGUCAACACCACAUCCACCGGAUGAUUCUAUAUCUGUAAUUUCUGAAUCUUCUAACUCUGAAACGAAGAUGCUUGAAAAGGAAACUUUGUCGUCGUUUGAUAACAACUAUUCAUUUAAAAUUAAUAAUAUACCAGAGAUAGAUAUACAAGGGUAUGAAUUCGAUGAAAACGUCCCAAAAGAAUGCAGGGAAGCAUUCAAAGAAGUUCAUGACACAGAAAGUUCCUCUGGCACAGAAGAGGGGAAAAAAUUAUGUAAAAAAGAAGAUAAUAACGAUGCUGAAGAUUUGCAAACUUUUAUUACGAGAUCUUUAGAUAGUGCGAAAACAUUAGAAGUAGAAAAUGUGGAAUCUGAAGUAUCGAAAAAUCUUCCAGAUUCAACGAAUCAUUCAGAUUUUAACGCAAUACAUGCCGCACAACAUUAUCUCUCACAACAGAAGUUAUUAUCAGAAUUAGUGAGUUCAGAACACACGGUGCCAAACGAAGCAUUACAGACACAGCUGGACUAUUGUGCUGUUAAUCUUAAAAAUAAUAUUCAAACAAUGGAAGAUGUUACUGAACGACUGAUCGAAAAUCAGUUGAACCAAUCUACUGACUGCAUAGAUUAUAGUAAAACAGUGUUGCUGCAUACUGAAAAUCCCGAUUGUGAUGUAUACAAGGAUGAUCCCUACUUUGAAAGUAAAAAACAAGAGAUCGAAAAAUUGUGUAAUAAAAACAAAAACAGCGAUGAAAAUGUUAUCGAACCGGAUAGUACAACCGAAUCAAAUCCACCUGACUCGAUACAUAAAUCUAAUUUUGUAGAGGAUGAGCUGGAAUACACAAACCGAAUGUUUGAUCAAUUUAUACCUAAAAUGACACUGCCUGAUGAGCCAAUAUUUCCAAUUAAGCAAGAUUCCGCAGAGGAAAAAGCUGUCGAAUUUGUGCCGGUUAAUGUUGAUGAGUUAUUGAAGAAAGAAGUCACUUCAGAAGAUAUUCUUCCGAAACAGGAAGAGACUGAGUCACAAAAAACUGUAGUACUUGAAGAUACCGCAACGAUAGACAAAUCGAAAGAAGGCGUUACGGAAGUCGCGCAAGUAUCAGUGGGAGCCGCCAUCGUUGCAACGGCGGCAGCCGCCGCCAUUGCGAGCUCAAAAGCAAAGACUACUACAACAAGCGCGAAACGUCCAACGAAAACCAUGACGAAAACAACAACGAAAACAGUAACGAAAUCGCCAACCUCACCCUCUAAAGCAAUCGGUACGACCAUGCGAACGACUACGACGUCAUUAUCAGCGUCAACCGCGAAAAAACCUACUACAGGUACCGCGACUCGUCCUAAGCAAUUGGAUGGAUCGACCAAAACGACAGUCUCGAGCGCUAGCGGUAAAACCACCCUCACCAAAACAACGACGAUUCCCAAAAAUACGACAACAGCGACGAGAACCAGUGCUUCUCCACGUUCAAUCUCUGGUACAACGAGACCAAAAACCACCAUUACUACCACUACCUCGUUGAAAAUAAGCAGUCCAUUAUCGAUCGAGAAGAAAUCAACGGUGAGCGGUGACACGAAAUCAGCCAGUAAACCCGCCACCACGAAGUCAGCGAGCACCACUGUUAGAUCAACAACCAGUAGUACAACCGCAAAAACAUUGGGUAAAACGUCAACGACUACAAAACCAUCAACAACUAACGUAACAUCGAAACCAAGACCCGCGUCUGCGACUUCAGCAACUAAAAUCACAUCGACGUUAAAGCAGCCUACAACCGGCGUUAACGGCGCAUCGCGGCCCAAAACCGCGCCGACUUUCGGUGGCACAACCAAGCCACGCGAAAGUAAAACGAUCACAGCUACUGGUAAAUUACCGUUGAUCGACAAACAGAGCAAAGAGACGGUCAAUAAGCAAAUCUCUAGGUCUGGAGCAUCGGCGCCUAAAACGAAUGCUCGCUCUUCCGUACCUAUCGGUACAACUACUGGCGUUGCAAAGAUUCCUCGCACAUCGGCUGGAAAAUUGCCCGGAAAUGCUUCUGCGAUCUCGCCAAUGAAGAAAACUCUGACUUCGAAGUCUAUGCCGAAGACCUCCACCCCUGCGACAAAGCGAAUAUCCUCGAGUGAGGUCAAAGUAUUGCAGAAUGGAAUUCUCAAGGAGGACGUGACCGAAACCGCUGUCAUAACGGCAACGAACAAGCCUGAGGACGAUAUACCAUUAAAGGAUGCGUCGCCGGUGAACGUGCCGAUCGACAAUCAGCUGAUCGCCGAUUGAACAAUCGAUCGGUAAGCUGCGAACUGUCCGCCGCUUCGCGACAACAUACGUCGGCCUAGGAAUUACACGUCGUCGCGGGUGAACCGAGACACAUAGGUUUCUCCUUAUUAUUGUUUAAUGGACAGAACACGACUGCGCGUCGGGACAUCCAGUAGAGUAGUGUUUAGGGAUUAUACAUGCAUGUCAACAGAAAAAUUUUUUAUUCUUACGUGAAUGCAUACAUAUGUGACAGAGAUAUUAGUCUAUCAAGAGCGAGGCAUACCCUAAACAUUGCUUUUAACAACUGCUGCCUUAUCGUAAUAAGGAUAGUCUUGUUAUGUAAAUAUAUUUCGGAUGCGUUCUCAUGCGUCAUUAUUUUUAACUGAUCCCGGGUCUGAGAUUGUCUGAGAGAGCUCAGAUGGUGCUCGUGGCGGCUUCUGAAAAUAGAUUCAACUCCCGAUAAUGGCAGUAUGUUAAUCUUUAACUUUUAACGGAACUCUAUAAAGUAUAUGGAUUUUUUACAAUUUUUUAAUUUUAUAUGCGCAAUUAUAAUUGAUAAUGAUUACUCGCGACAUAAUUUUACUUGAAUCACAAAAAAGAAAAGGAAUAGAGGAGAGGGAAGCGUAUAUUUAUUCUUGUUUGUUCCUAUUUUUGAAGUUGAAUUCAUUGCGAGAUAUAUACUGACUCGUAAUCAUGAUAAUAUAAUACUAUCUAAUCUAUGUGUACAGCACCCUAUGGUUUAAUGUGAUAUAUCUUACAGUACUAUUAAAUACGAAUAAUACGCACUAGAGAAACCAGAAGAAGUUUAUAUAUGUAUAUGAACGGAGAAAGAGAAAAGGAAUCCAAAGGUUCCGUGAAAAAGAGAAAAAUUCAUUAAAAAGGUCUCUGAAGAAUGCUGUCUCUCUCCGAUAUAAAAUAUUUCGAUUGAUCUUUUUAAAUCUUCUCUAACCAAACGUUUGGAUCCUGCUUUUCUCAGCGCCGAUCAUCGAUGUGGAUGAUCAUCGCGUGCGCGCGCGUUUAAAGCUUUCAUACAUCGCACAAAUCUCAAUUUUCUUCUUUUGCGUUUCGAACUUCCACUGUUGGAGCGCGCACUCGACGAAGUCCAAUACUGUGAAAACUUCGGUCGAAUAUGGUUUCCCCCCCCCCUUUUUUUUUUAUCCUGUUUGACUUCGAUCGUGAAAUAUACUUUCGUCUCAUUUUAUCAAAACCGAUACAUGCUCGCGAUAUUUUUUAUGUGCGCCCAACGCGAGCGUUACAUGAGCCUUCCCUCAAGCACGACGAAAUCAAGGAUUAAAAAGAUCUGCGACUCUUUUUAACAUGAAUACGUUUAAUGCGAAGGGAUAUGGCGAGUCCACUGCGUAGGCGACUCAUGAUACCGAUCAGGAGUCUUGAAAAAUAUCGUAUAUGAAAAUAUUAGAAAAAUCUGUAUUACAUAUAAUGUAUGCUGUAGUAUUUUCUUACAUUUUCAUAGCGAUUUUCGAGAAUGUAUCCUGUACACACGCACAUAUUCGAUAUGAUAUGCAUUAAAAUGCAGCUCCGCAUCAACGAGGGAGCGUCGUAGUUUAGCGUUUCACAUGCGCGUUUCGUAUACAUGUUAUUCCGACUUUCUUGUGUACGCGUACUUGUCACUUUAUUCUUUUUUUCCUCAGAAUUCAUAAUUGAAUAAAUAAAUAUUACGUUUGAGCAGUGUUAUA